AUGGAGGACAACGCCGAGCUCGAGUCCUUUCGCCGCCAGUGGCGUGAAGAAGUUGCGCGACGAUCCAAACCCACAGACUCUGCAUCCGGGCCCGAUGCUGCCCCUCCAUCUGCCGCUCCGAUCGCAUCUCCGGCCCUCUUGACUGCGACUCGACCUCCACCAACGCGUCAUGCCGCGACGGACCGUAAGGAUUUGGACCAAGAGGGACCUGCACCGGCCUCGUUCGACCCGGAGGAGCUGGCUCAACAGGUUGGGGAGCUAAGUGUGACACAAGAGGAAGACGAAGAGGAAGAUGGAUUCACUCGUCGGGCACAGCAGGAGCCCAACUCAGCUCUCGAGCACUUUGAGCGAGCGGUCGAGAAGGAAGCAGCAGGCAACUUGGGCGAUAGUCUUCAACACUAUCGCAAGGCAUAUCGGUUGGAUGCCGGUGUUGAUAAAGCUUACCGCAACAAGCACUUUGCCCACGUUUGGAAGAAGCCCGCCCAGCCUGCACCAGCUGAACCUGCAGCCGCCGCUCCCGUGGCUGCUCCAGCACCUGCAGAAGUCGAGAUCCUCCCAACGCCAGAACUAAUACAGUCCUUUGCUCAUCUUCCUAUCCCUCAGGCAGAUCCACUCAUCGAAGGGACUGACCCGCCCCCGUGCCCGAUCGCCAAUGUUCCCUCCGAAGUUAUAGUUGAGAUCCUACGCCAUGUUGCUCUACGAGACCCGGCAACCUUUGGUCGGAUGGCACUGGUGUGUAAGCGACUUGCAUAUCACUUUGCACACGAGCAGCACAUUUGGAAACGGAUCUGCCAACGACCAGAGUUUGGAUUCCAGGGCAUGCAAUACUCUUUCGUUUGUGAUACUCUUGGCCGUCCUAUCUAUACACUGGACGAUCAACGAUAUACUCCCUUCCCAGUUGGAGAACCUGCCAAGAUUCCUAGUUCACUGUCGUCCUGGAGCCAGGUAUUCCAGUCCUAUCCACGGAUUCGAUUCACAGGCAUCUACAUCAGCACCGUUAACUAUUCACGGCCUGGAGCCACAUCUUCAUUCCAAAAUGUGUCAUGGAAUAGUCCCAUCCAUAUUGUGACGUACUACCGCUACCUGCGGUUCUAUCCGGAUGGAUCCGUGGUGUCCUUGUUGACCACCACCGAGCCUGUGGAUGUCGUGCCUCAUAUUAGCAAGGAGAAUAUGAUGGCUGCACGUGCCCCUUCCCACAGACAGCACCAACGGCAUGCCUCGGACCAAGGCCAGACGCUUUCCGGGGCGACUGAACCUGUCCCGCCAGUUGCCAUGAAUGCCCUGAGAUAUGGCCUCCGUGGACGCUGGCGUCUAGCAUCACCCGCGGACUUUGCAGAUAACGUAGAGGAGCAAAAGACUCCUCCCAUGGCGAAUCAAAACCAAGAGUCCUUCGAUCCCCGUGAUCUGAUCGUAGAGACCGAGGGCGUCGAUCCGAAGUACGAGUACACUAUGCAUCUCUCCCUUCGGUCUCCCUCGGUAUCCAAGGCACACCCGAACCCAUCCCGGAACACCAAACUCGUGUGGCGUGGUUUCUGGAGUUACAACAACAUCACUGACGAUUGGGCCGAGUUUGGGCUUCGGAACGACCGGGCGUAUGUGUUCCGACGGGUCCGCGGCUGGGGGCUGGAAUGA